GCCAGGGACUGCCCCCGAGCUCCAGCGGGCGAGUUUGCCGUGGCUGGUCGUGCGCGUCCUGAGCGCUCUGGCUCACCUGGACAACCCUCCUCCCCGCACCGCGCCUUGUCCCACCUAAACUUCUCGGAGAGCCUGGGUCGCGCUGCGCGCCGUCCCCCUCGCAUUCUUGCUCCCUGGGCAGGCGGCAGGCGGCGGCGGGAGUCGGGACGCGCGGCGAGAGGGGCGCCCCCGCCGGCCCCUCUGGGAACAUGGCGACCGGCGGCUACCGGAGCGGCGGCAGCACCACGGACUUCCUGGAGGAGUGGAAGGCGAAGCGCGAGAAGAUGCGCGCGAAGCAGAACCCCGCGGGCCCGGGUUCGGGCGGCGGCGGCGAUCCUGCCGCUAAGUCCCCUGCGGGACCACUGUCCCCAACCGCGGUCGCCGGGACCUCCGAGCUCAACCACGGCCCCGCGGGCGCGGCCGCACCUGCUGUCCCCGGGCCCACCGCCCUGAACUGCGCUCUGGGUCCCUCGGCGCUGCCCCGCUCGGCUCCCGGCUCCCGGCGGCCGGAGGAGGAAUGCUCGACAGCCGCUGCAGUCGCGGGGGCGCCCGCGUCCCGGGGCGACGAGGAAGAACCGGACGGCGCCCCGGAGAAGGGCCGCAGCUCGGGGCCCAGCGCCAGGAAAGGCAAGGGGCAGAUCGAGAAGAGGAAGCUGCGGGAGAAGCGGCGCUCCACCGGCGUGGUCAACAUCCCCGCCGCGGAGUGCUUAGAUGAGUACGAAGACGACGAAGCCGGCCAGAAAGAGCGGAAACGAGAAGACGCCAUCACACAGCAGAACACCAUUCAGAACGAAGCUGCGAGCCUCUUAGAUCCAGGCACUUCCUACCUGUCCCAGGACCCGUCAAGAACAGUUCCAGGCAGAUACAAGAGCACAAGCACUGCUCCAGAAGAUGACGCCUCCAGCCGAUAUCCCCGAACAGACAGAGGUGGCUUCAACAGACACAGCAGAGAUGCCAAUAUGGCGGGCAGCUUUGCCUCCGGUACCACAUUGGAAAAGAGAAUUGAAGAUCUCGAAAAGGAAAUAGCCAGAGAAAGGCAAGAAAACCUCAGGCUUGUGAGACUGAUGCAAGACAAAGAGGAAAUGAUCGGAAAACUCAAGGAAGAGAUCGAUUUGUUAAACAGAGACCUUGAUGACAUAGAAGAUGAAAAUGAGCAGCUCAAGCAGGAGAAUAAAACUCUUUUGAAAGUUGUCGGGCAGCUGACAAGGUUUUCUCAGUAAAUAUGGGAUAUUUAAAAAGUGGCUUAUCCUCCAGGCCUCGAGUUGUGGACAGUUUCAGUGUUGAAGAAAAUCGAUGCCUUGAAUAGCAUGUGCUUCAAAAUCAGAACCGAAAUAUUUUUCCACACUUGAAAAUAUUUAUACAUUUGAUAAGCAGAAUAGCUCAGCUAAUUCCUGACUUGGAGAAACACAGGGAUGCGAUUUUCCUCCUGAGAGAACAGUCCCAUGUCCCAAGCGCUCCUGCUUCCUAAUACUGAAAAUCCUAAAGAGACCAUAUUUGAAGAUUUAUAAAAUAAAGUUGGCUCCUGUUCAAUAUCCUUGUA